AUGGAUGUUGGCGAGGGCGGGGGCCCAAAACCCCCGGCCCCAAAAAAACAUAAACUUAAAGACUUGGACGAUGGCGGCGGGGGUAAGGAAAGUGAUUUUUUACCCUAUCUAAAACCCGGAUACAAAAGACUUUAUCCAGAAAAUUCUUCAAAUUUGGAGUUCAAAGUUUACGUGCAGGGUGAAAAAAUUGGCAAUAAAAGUCCAACCUUUUUAAAUCAUAUAUUUGUAAAUGAGGUAAAAGGUGUAGUAGCGAUUCGUAGAAUCAAUGCUAACAAGAUUGCGGUGGUGUUCAAGCAGUAUAAUACUGCUAAUAAUUUUAUAAGUAACUCUUCAUUUCUGGAGAAGUACAACUUUAAGGCGUUCAUACCAGCGGCAGACAUAGAAAAAACAGGAAUUAUCCGAUACGUACCCACAAACUUAUCUAACAAGGAGCUUUACUCAAAGCUAGAGUCGGAGUAUGAAAUAAUUGCAGUCCGACGAUUCACCAAAAAGGUUGGACAAGAACGGGUACCACUUCAUACAGUGAGCAUUACCUUUCUGUCCAGUUCUUUACCACAAAAUGUACAAUAUGACUUAUUCUCUUACCGCAUUUUUGACUAUAUCCCUCCUCUACAACAAUGUUACCGUUGCUUCAAAUUUAACCACUCAGCCAAAAUAUGUAAUGGCAAACAAAAAUGUAGCAUUUGUGCUGGGGACCACUCAUAUAGAGAGUGUGAUAACCCCUCAGCAAUCUGCUGUGCUAAUUGCGGUGGACCACAUUUAGCAAUUUCAAAGGCAUGCGAAAUCAAGUUAAAAAAGAUAAUGGAAAAAAAGGAACGUAUUACUUACGCUAGUAAGGCUGAAACUAAACUUAAUGUGACUCAGGGAGAUUUCCCACCAUUGCGCAAACCAAGACCUCAGGUCAAUGUAAAUAAAAAUUCUGUUGUAAAUAAAAAUGUAAAUUCUGCACCUAUAAAUAAUGUACCUGUAAAUACUGAACCUAAAAUAAUUUCUGUUGCUGAUGUCAAGGCUCAACUCCUGGCAAAUAAUGACUUACUUAAGGCCAUUGUUCGCACACUCAUUGUAAUCGCCAAUAAGGGCAAGGAUGAUCCUCCAAUCAAUACAACAACUAUUAAAGAUAUUCUACUGGAGAAUCUUACAUAA